UUUUCUGGUUAUGCGUUUGUGUUUUCAGUGCGCUUUGUGCUCGGAAUGACAAAUGUGCUUGCUUUCCUAAACUUCGCUAGAGCAGUUCGAAAACAUUUUGGUGCUGAAACAGCCAUGUUCUUGAGGUGGCCUAUUUUUUCAGUAAAGAUGUUCGUGGCAGGCAUUGCUAAAAGUUACACAUCAAAUAUCUUCAGGAUCAUAGUUGCGUCGCAAUUUCACAUGCUCUUCUAUGCGUCCCGCCCACUUCCAAAUUCGUUUGCAUUUAUUCUGGUUAUUCUGAGUGGACGGUUGCCGCUGUUUGGAUGGGACGGAGCGCUUCUCAUUGGUGCAAGAACAGCAGUUCAAUGUAUUGCAGCUCUGACUAUCCCCAUCGAUUCCCUGUUUUGGGGACGACCUAUCUAUCCUGAAUUUGAGGUUGCAGUCUUCAACUUGAUCAAGAAUAAGAGCCAUGAAUAUGGGGUGUCACCAUUCUUGUGGUAUUUUUACUCUUGUUUGCCUCGCGCACUGGCAGCUAGUCUUCCGCUCGCUGUUCUUGGAGUAUUUUUGGAUCGACGACUACGAAAAUACAUAUCGAUUGCACUCAUAUUUAUUCUGUCAUAUAGUCUUCUACCUCACAAAGAACUCAGAUUUAUUAUCUAUUCAUUCCCCUUGAUCAAUCUUUCAGCUGCUGUGUUUUGUGCAAGAAUGUACAUAAAUCGCCACAAAUCUUUUGCUCGGCAAGCUCUGUAUUAUGGUUGCUGCUUACAUCUCAUAGCCAAUCUGCUAGCGACAGCUGCUUUUCUCUAUGCUGGAGCAAGAAAUUAUCCCGGAGGAGAUGCGAUUGCCCACCUUCAGUGGACACAAAGAAUGGAUGCCAAUAAGCCUAUGUCUGUCUACAUCGACAACGCUUGUGCACAGACUGGUGUCAGCAGGUUUAUGCAGCUGUACGGUGCUUGGGAGUACACCGAGAAUUUGCGCCCGAAGGAUUUGGAGAGAUUUGAUUUUUUGAUGAUUGGCACCUACUCUGGGAACCUCAAAGAUAUUGUCAUGACAAAUUACAGCACUCAUCAUAGAGUGAUGUUUGCUAUUCCAGCUUUCCAUCGAUUCACUUUGAAGAAGUCUUCAUCUUUCCCCUUCUAUCAUCCGGAAAUGGUUUUCAAAGAGAAAGUAGCUGUGCUGAGGAAGAAAUGA